CAAGCUUUUAGUUUGCAGAAGUCGCUUGAUAGUCAUCCGAUAUUCAUCGAUAACUGCUGAAUACAUAUAUGUGUCAAGUGCAGUAACUCGGUAGUCAGUUUCUGAAGUGGACAUGUGCUUACUACAUCUAGUGCCUUCUUUUUGAUAAUAAAAUCAUUUCAUUGCCGCGAUUGUGUGCUGAUAGCUGGGUCGCCCCGUUAAAUAACACAUUUGGACGUACCGUGUCGUCAAGUUGCCAAGAAUCCCAUCUCACCUACAUCACCCUCAGUACGCUACGUACACAACGUGACGUCACGUGACGUAUGGACGAUACGAGCUACGCUUACGACCCGGUUGGUACCGGCGCGCCAGUCAACCAACAAGCGUACAGAAUGGAGGCGGGUCAGCUGUGGCGGCAAUAUGUCAUUGCAGGCGUCGCUAACAUUGCGGUGGCUUCCACCGGUUACUCCAUGGGAUGGACGUCUCCUGUGAAUGUGAAGCUAAACAACACGGCGGAGUCACCGCUCCCCGACUCCAUCACUACAGACCAAGGCGCCUGGAUCGGAUCACUGCUCACAGUCGGUGCUAUCUUUGGUCCUUUCAUCGGUGGGUUAGCAGCGUCAAAGAUCGGCAGGAAAUGGGGCCUCCUAAGCUCGUCGAUUCCUCUCUUCCUGGGCUGGAUCCUGGUGGCGGCGGCCACCAACGUGGGCCUCAUAUACGGCGGCAGGAUCUGCUGGGGCGUCGCUGUGGGCAUGAUCUUCGCCAUUUCACCCAUGUACUGCGCUGAAAUCGCUACGGACGAGUCCCGCGGCGCGCUAGGUUCUUUCCUCCAAUCGUUUAUCACGGUGGGCUUCCUGCUGGUGUACGGUAUCGGGCCGUUCGUCUCGUACUCUGCGGUGGCGUACGUGGGCGUGGCCUUCGUGGCGGUCUUCGCAAUCAGCUUCUUCUUCAUGCCGGAGACGCCGACCUACCACUUGACCAAAAAUAACCGCGAGGCUGCAGCAGAGUGUCUUGCAGUAAUUAGAGGCAGAUCUCUGGGCGCGGUGCAGGAAGAACUUGACAAGAUUGAAGCUGACGUGAAGGCGGCCCAAGCUAAGACUGCUACUAUCGCUGACGUGUUCCGGGGCAGCAACUUUAAGGCAUUCUACAUAUCGUGCGCGCUGGUGUUCUUCCAGCAGUUCUCUGGCAUCAACGCGGUGCUCUUCUACAUGACCGAUAUCUUCCAGGCGGCUGGGUCAUCACUUGACUCGUCCAUCGCGACCAUCAUCAUCGGGGCUGUGCAGUUGGUUGCAUCGUGCAUCACACCGUUCGUGGUAGAUCGACUCGGCAGGCGGAUACUGCUUCUCAUCUCCAGCUGCGGCACCGCUAUAGGCCUGGGUCUACUAGGCAUGUACUUCCUGCUGGCGGCGCAGAACAGCCCGGUGGUAGAGAGCAUGGGAUUCGUGCCCAUCCUAUCGCUGGUGGUGUUUAUAGUGACGUACUGCUGGGGCCUGGGCCCGCUGCCCUGGGCCGUCAUGAGCGAGCUGCUGCCCAUCGAGGUUAAAGCCAUUGCCUCGCCGCUGGCCACAGCCUUCUGCUGGCUGCUGUCCUUCCUCAUCACUAGGUAUUUUAGCUCAAUCGCUGAGGCGGUGGGCAUGUAUACCGCUUUCUGGAUAUUCGGCGUGUGCUGUGUUGGUGCAUUCUUCUUCACGCUGUUCAUUGUACCCGAGACGAAAGGCAAAAGCUUCACGGAAAUCCAGGAUAUGCUCGCUGGAAGAACCCCCAAAUCAGAAAAAGCCUAAACCGGAUAUCCUAGAAGAAUGAAUAUUGACACUAUUUAUUUAUAUGUAAAGACAAUUAUUGCUUGUUAUUCGCUAAAUAUUUUGUUA